AUGGCGGACUUGGUGGGGCCGCGGGUGUACAGCUGCUGCCAUUGCCGGAACCACGUCUGCCUCCACGACGACAUUAUCUCCAAGGCCUUUCAGGGACGGAAUGGCCGUGCAUUUCUGUUUUCUCAUGCCAUGAACAUAGCUGUGGGGCCUAAGGAGGAUAGGCAACUCAUGACAGGCAGUCACACCGUUGCUGAUAUCUACUGCCGUGACUGCCGUGAGGUGCUAGGGUGGAAAUAUGAGAGGGCUUAUGAGGAGUCGCAGAGAUACAAGGAAGGGAAGUUCAUAUUUGAGAAAGCAAAGAUUGUUAAGGAAAAUUGGUAG